UUAGCCAUUCCACAAGCGGACAUCGCAUUACAAGCCUUAAAAAAAACUCGCGACGUAAAGUAACAAUCGAAAGUGGGUUCUGUGAGCACGCGCGUCACCCCUGAUUAGGUCGCGAACUCGCGGCCGCCAGCAUGUACUUGUAGCGCGGCGAUAGAAUCGCUGAGUGAGCCGCCCCUGCCUAGAUGUCAUAAAACAUAUACUUAUAAAAGAUUUCGAUAUUUUUGUGAAUCGCGGUGUCGAGUUUAAAAAGGGUCUCGGAGCCAAUUUGUUUAACGCGGACGCAAAAACUUGGCGAGUAUUACGCAGUCGGUUCUCUCCAUUAUUUACUUCAGGAAAGCUGAAGAACAUGAUGUACCUUUUAACAGAAAGAGGCGAUAAAUUUGUAGAAUACAUCACCCGCAUCACCGAAUUCAACAAAGAGCAGGAAGUCCAUUCUACGGUUCAAAAGUUUACCCAAGCUGCUAUCGCCGCCUGCGCGUUUGGUGUCGACAUCGACACCUUUGACCAAGAACACGAAAAACUCCAAAUGAUCGACCGUAAAAUGUUUACCGUCAGCUUUGGUCGUGAACUUGAGAUGAUGUAUCCCGGAAUAUUAAACAAAAUUGGAGGCUCCCUAUUCCCAAAAGAGGUAGCCGCUUUCUUCUUAAAUUUGGUCGAACAUGUAAUUGCGCAAAGAAAUGGCGAGCCCACGAAUAGAAACGACUUUAUGGAUUUAAUUUUGAAUUUGAGAAAAGAAAAACAUAUUUCUGGGCCAAUGAUGGAGAACGAUGAUACAGAGAGAAGUUUAGACAUAACUGAUGAGGUUAUGGCCGCACAAGCAUUUGUUUUAUAUUCAGCAUCAACUAUGGGUUUCUUGUUGUACCAGUUAGCACUCAACCCUGAUAUCCAGGACAAAGUAGUGGCAGAAAUAAAAGAAGUUUUGGUGAAACACAAUGGAGAGAUGACUCUACAAGCCGUUUUAGAUUUAUCUUACAUGAGCAAAGUAUUCGAUGAGACUUUGCGGAUGUAUCCUAUUGCACCUGAUUUAAGAAGAAAAUCAAGCAGCACUUAUAAGAUACCCGGUACCAAUAUAACCAUAGAGAAAAAUCAGUUAGUUAAAAUUCCCAUACUUGGUAUCCAUCAUGAUGAGACGAUAUAUCCGAACCCAGAAGUUUUUGACCCAGAGAGAUUCUCUCCUGAGAAUAUAGCAACAAGACAUUCGUGCGCAUUUUUGCCUUUUGGUGUUGGACCUAGACAUUGCAUCGGGUUGCGCUUCGCGCAAGUUCAAUCCCGGGUGUGUCUGGCGAAGUUGCUCUCCCAAUUUCGGGUGGAGCCCUCCAACAACACACCUCGUCAAUUCUCGUACGAACCCCGUCGUGUCGUGUUGUACCCCAAGGGUGGACUGCCGAUCAACUUCAUCAAAAGACAUUGAUAUAGAAAAAGUACCUCGGAAACAUUAAUGAAAUAUUUAUACCUACACAGAAACAAGUCAUAUUGUGAUUAGUCUUAGGAACUAGUAGUUUUAAACAUUUAAUAGGCAUAAGAUAUCAAAUAUAGUC